CGUCACUCUAUUGUUUCCUGGGAGCAGAAAAACUCCUGUGUAUUACCAGAGGAUUUAAAGAAUUUCUACCUAAUGAGCGAUGGCUUCCACAUGACCUGGAGUGUGAAGUUUGAUGAUAACCCCAUGCCACUGGGCUCCAUGGUGAUUAACGGCAUCUCUAAGCUAAGUCGCCUUGGCGGAUCAUCGGCGUACGCCCUACCCAAUGCACCCACCCUCGCUGACCUGGAAGAUGAUAUGGAUGAGGAAGAUGACCUCCUGAGGUCUCUUCCAACCCUAAUCUUCUAUGAUUCUUCUCAUCCUUCAACUUCAAAACAAUGCUACCCUUUUUGCACAUGUUCCUUUGUUUCAAUUCCAGUUGUCACCCCAGACACUGAGAUAUGGUUUCUGGACAGAGCUCUGUACUGGCAUUUCCUCACCGACUCCUUCACUGCCUACUACCGACUGCUGAUCACCCACCUGGGUCUCCCGCAAUGGCAGUAUGCCUUUACGAGCUACGGUGUCAGCCCCCAGGCUAAGCAAUGGUUUGACAUGUACAAGCCCAUCACCAUCAACACAGCUCUACUUUCGGAAGAACCUGACUCCUUUGUGAACAAACUGGACCCCAACAAGGUAUUUAAAAGCAAGAACAAAACUCCGGUGAUCAAAAAGAAAUUGCCAGCCCAGCCAGCAGGCUCUCAGAAAAGCCACGCAAGCACAACCGCCUCCAAGACCCCUUCGCACUCCGGGAACGCCCUGAGGAAACGAGAACCCCAAACCUGACGCUGGAAAGCAGGUUCAUUCCAGACUGUUAAAAACCCACUGUGGUGUCUCUUAGGUUUGGAUCAAACCAUUUCUCAUGCAUGAAUAGACUUCCCAGUGCAAGCUGUGUUGCAACAUUCGCAUGAACUCUAGCAGCAAUUUAAUUUAUGGGAGAUAUGGCUGGAAAGCCAAAAAGCUGCAGGUCCUGGAGAGAUGGUGGUUAAUUCCUUUCUAUUCCGAUGGGCAAAUACACGUGUGUGGAUAAAAAUGCCACUGAGCUGGGUGGAGUGUGUUACUACUGAUAACUGCAGCAAUGGACUCAAGUAAAAUCAAUCUCUACCAUUUUCAUAUACAUCUUAUUAAAUACAACAUCCAUACACAAAUAUUUCCCCCCGUGUCCUUUUUAGAAGAAAGAAGCAUGCCAUGAUCAUUGCAUGUAAUGAGAGCAGGAUCAAACCUGCUGGUGGUGAAGUCAAGGGGAGCAUUAAGGGAGCAGGACUGGGCCCCAUGGUUAUAGCCCAAUGAUAUGUAAGGGCUUCAUGCUGACCACCCCCAAAUCCCAUUGAGUGUUCUGCCCGGGAUCAGGCUCUGAGCUAUUUAUCCAGACUGCAUGUUAAACAGAAAUGGACCUUCUGCUAAAGACCACUCCUGACGUUGUGCGCUCUCUGCAAGAGCUGGCCGGGCCAGUGCAGCGCAAAGGUGCCAAGUCAUCUAAUAUGGCGAGCAGGUGGACUAGCCAAGGACAGUGCUGUAAAACGAUUAUGCACAUCCAGCAGUAUCUAGGGAACCCUCUUACAAAGAAAUCCCUUUUUUCCCAAGCCAAUGCUGCUCUCCUCAGAAGUUCCCUGGCUCCAGGUUAACACUCUGCCCUGGAACGAGGUGGGAUUCCCUAGCGCCGUAGCUGUCUGUGCUGGGUGCUGAGCGCCUCCCCAACUCCUGCGGAUCUCAGUAGGCAGGGAAGCUGCUCAGCAACUUUCAGGAUCAGGCUUCUCAGGACUGGGCUCUAUAAAAGCCUAACUGUGGGUCCCAACCCAUCAGUAGGUUUUGGAAAGGUUGCGGA